UCACGCACCUCCGGCUUGACGCGUCACGUAACCUGGCUCACUCACGGGGUCGCGGUCUCUCUUUGUCGCCGAAUAAACGGAAGAACAGCGCACUUUUUUUGUCGUCCGACCAAGCUCCGUGACAGCGUUGGAAAAGUUUGGUAGCUCGGUAGACCUCGCCGAGAGGAAUUAUCAGCGGAAAAUACACUGCGAUUGCAGGCUGCAUUUUUCGCUUAUCUUCCCCCCGAACAACGAAGUAGAAGACCUUCGCUCAGCUCGACUACUCUGCACGAUUCAGCCUUUCGAGACGGCAUCGAAAGAGACUCACAAAGUUUUCGAGAUGGGCGCCGAAAACAAGAUGUCCGAGAGAAAUCCUGAAAUGAGAGAAACAGCAGCGCGAAUCUGUCGGGAUUAUUUAUAUGGUGUUUGGAAACACAUAACCGCACAGAAUAUUAUUCUUAAACGUGUCAGUGGUGGUCUAAGUAAUUGGCUGUACAACGUUGAGCUUCCUGAAGGAACAACUCCAGUUCGAGGGGAACCACGUCAAGUUCUGUUACGUCUGUAUGGACAAGUGCAUGGAGAGAGAGCCUUGGAAGGGCUUAUCACAGAAUCUGUUAUCUUCACUUUGCUCUCUGAGAGAAAGCUAGGUCCUAAAUUACACGGUGUUUUUCCUGGCGGCCGUAUCGAAGAAUACAUACCAGCACGGCCCUUGCUCACCAAGGAAUUAGCAGAUCCAACAUUGAGUCUGAUGAUAGCUGAGAAACUAGGACAGAUACACAUGAUGCAGAUACCAAUCAGCAAAGAGCCUACGUGGUUGUGGGAUACAAUGAAUAAAUGGCUCAACUCAGCGACCGAUAUCCUCGAGAAUACCGAAGACAUGGACGUCCGGUACUCGGACAACGUCAGUGCCAUAAAAUGUAUAGACUUGGAGCACGAGAUCAAGUGGUUCAAGUCGCUUGUGUUGCAACACAAACAGCCGGUUGUAUUCUGUCACAACGACAUGCAAGAAGGCAACAUACUCAUACGCGAAAAUACGCGUAAGCCUGAAAUAGUAGUUAUUGACUUUGAAUAUUGUUCCUACAACUAUCGAGGAUUUGAUAUCGCUAAUCAUUUCGCCGAAUGGCAGUACGACUAUACGGUGCCAGAUUAUCCUUUCUUUCGCGAACGUCUCACCGCCGGUCCCACAAAGGAGCAAAAGCUCGACUUCAUAAGAGCCUACCUGAGGACAUUGGGGAAAGAAGGAGCUGCGGAGGAGGAACGUAUCAUGAUGGAAGUGAAGAUAUUUUCACUAGCUAGUCACUUAUUCUGGGGGCUCUGGAGCAUCGUGAAUGCUAAAAUUUCGCAAAUUCCGUUUGGAUAUUGGGAUUACGCUGUCUCUAGAUUAAAAAGCUACAUGUACUUAAAGGAGAAAAUGCUUACCUCUGAGUCACCAGUAUCGGAUGGCAGCCUUAAGAGAAAGUCUAGCGAUAUAGAUUGAGAGCACAAGAUUGAACAGAAGAAGACGCAGCUUAUAUGUUUUGCUACAUAAAAGUAGGUAGCCCUAUUUGCCAGUAAAUCGAUGGGAUCGUUAAGCUUUGUCAAGCAGCGAGAUUUAUCAGGAUACGAUCAGUCAUUAUUUCUUCCAACAUCGUGAGAUAAUGUGUUCCGCUGUUUUUAUAAGUGCACAGCUUAUUUCGAAAGGAUGAAAUAUUCACUAAACGCCUGUUGGGAAGUAAUUGCGUUUUAUUGAACGGAAUUAUUGCUUGAGUACGAUGUGGCAGAGUAAAUGAACGAACAGAGUAAACAAGAGUAAAUGGAAGAUCAAUCAUGUGAUAUAGAAUAAGCACGUUAAACGCAUGAAUCUCCGUUUACUGUCUUAACUGCGCAUUCGUUGAGUCUUAAUGUUAACAGAAGAAGAGCGAGAUACGUAAUCUUUUUUUGUAAUUUUCGUAAUAUAUUUAUAAACAAUAGAGAAAUGCCGAUAACUUGAUAAAGUAGGAAGAAAUUAGGAAGAAAAACGAAAAGGCUGUUACCUAGUGUACAAAAUUACGUAAAUCAUAAGAAAGUCCGCAAUAUGUCUGUAGCGUAUUACUUUAUCCCUCUUUUUUUAGUAUGUUAACUUUUAUAUAUUCGUUAUACGGCUGUCUGAAACUUCAUUGUCAACAACACUACGUCUGUUCGAUUUUGCACGUUAAAUCGUUUGUUACAAACGUGCAGUAAUAGUGAAUGGAUUCUUUGUAACGCAAAGUCGGCGCGGUACUUAUUGUAAUGCGUCAAUUUUACUCGGGGUUGACAUAGUUAAGUACUAUCAUUAAGAAUAGGUACUUAAUAUUGUGUAAAGGAGAGCAGCACCAAAUAUUUAGAAUGACCGAUAUCUACGAACGCAAUAAAUAAAACGCACCAAAAACUGAAAA